AUGAUUGUAUUUUUUUUUAUAUCUUAUUGGACAACGAUGUGUUCAUGUGUCGGUGGUAAACCUAAGGUUAUAGAGCCUACGCAGUAUGUUUGUAAAGGUAAAGUAAAUAAAAUUCAAGGUUUAGAUGUUUAUAAUGUGGGUGACGAAGAGGCUGCAUUGGUUGUGAUUGUUCUCUGUGAUGUAUUUGGCAUUAAUAUUCCACAAACAAGAAUAUUCUGCGAUAGAUUAGUCAAGGAAACUGAUGUCCGAGUGUUCAUGCCAGACAUUUUUAGAGGUAAACCGUAUCCGGUUGAAAAAUUUCCGCCAUCUGAUCCGAAUGAAAUUCUGGAACACAUUGAAAAAGUUGGUUCAUGGGCUAUUGUUGAAAACGAUUUGAAAAUGUUGAAUACAGAAGUUCGAAAAGCGGAUGAGGAAAUCAGAUUAGCCAUUAUUGGUUUCUCUUGGGCUGGAUCAGUAGCAUUGAAAGCAUGUGGUCAUUUUAAUGAUUAUAUCUGUGGUAUUUCCAUACAUGGUUCAAUGUUAAACAUGCACGUUCAAGAUGCGGACAAAGUUCAAUGUCCAAUGCUAUUCCUACUAGCAAGUGAUGAUUCCCCUGUGGAUGAAAUUAAGAAUGUAUUAGGGAAAAAACCAUUUGGUAACAAGUGUCUGUACAAGACAUAUCCGAACAUGAAACACGGUUUUGUGGCUGCUCGAGCCGAUAUGGCAAAUGAAGAAAACUUACAGGCAAUAAACGAUGUGCACAAACAAUGUAAAUCGUUCCUUCAACAAUUCUGA